AUGCCUUUUUUCUGGUCAAAGGGAGUUGGAGGUAGGAGAUUUGGCGCAAAUGUGUCGGCGGAUAGACACGGUCUUAGAAGACCUGUUUUUCGUCAAAAUACAUUUUACGACAAAUCUUUGGAGAUUAGCAUUGCUGAAUGA